AUGUGCCCAAUUCCCCCACUUGAGUCCUACGCGCAGGACAUAUGUGCCGCGGCCAAAUUGAUUGACGCUUACUGUCUUUCUUCUGGCUUGCCAUAUCCCUCUUUCGGCUCAGACGCUCCUGAAGUCACUCUACCAGCCACGGCCCCCCUCCACGUCCUGAAGGCCCGUCAAAAGUUGGUGUCUUCAGCUUUCAAGAUCCAGCAGCUGGCCACAGAACCGCGCGAGUUUGUCCCACAGCUUGCCAUCAAUUUUCAAAACUUUGCCUGCAUUCAUUGGCUAUGCCACUUUCGGGUUUUGUCGUUCAUUCCCCUUCAUGGGCCUGUUGCGUAUGCCGAAGUGUCCACCAUCGCCUCAGUUCCGCUCAGUCAGCUAAAGCGCAUUGCACGUAUGGCAAUGCUGCAUGGCUUUCUCCGCGAGCCGAGCCCCGGUCAGGUAGCCCACACGCCUAUGUCGGCACUCUUGGUUACCAAUCCGGGAAUGCUCGAUUGGGCUCUUUUCAUGGCUGAGGCUACAGCGAAAGGAGCCGCGCGGCUGGUUGAUGCAACCGAAAAGUGGGGUGCCACUGAAUCCAAGACUGAAACGGCAUUCAAUCUGGCUUGCGAGACGGACAUGCCUUUCUUCGAUUAUCUGGCCCAGGAGCCUGAUCUACGGAAGAAAUUUGCUACAUACAUGAAGAACGUAACAUCAAGCGAAGGAACCAAGAUCGACCAUCUCCUGAACGGGUUCGAUUGGGCUGGUCUUGGAAGUGGAACAGUUGUGGAUGUAGGCGGUUCCAAUUGUCACGCCUCUUUAGCCCUUGCGAAUGCGUUUCCCCAACUGCACGUUGUGGUGCAAGACCUGCCCGAGACCAUCGCAAUGGCCGACAAUUGUUUGGCCAACGCGACGGCUUCUGUGAGAAAUCGCAUUUCAUGCCAGGCCCAUGACUUUUUCCAGCCUCAACCAGUAAAUGGCGCUGACGUAUAUCUCUUGAGGAUGAUCCUCCACGAUUGGGCUGAUGCCGAGGCGACCCAGAUCCUGAAAAACUUGCUUCCCGCUCUCGCUGCCAACGCAUCAUCGCGUCUACUCAUCAUGGAUACGGUUUUACCAAUACCUGAGGAGCAGGAAGAUCCAAUCGUGGAGGCUAUGCUGCGUGUAAGAGACUUGACUAUGUUGCAGACAUUCAAUAGCUCGGAGCGCGAACUUUCUGACUGGCAGCACCUCCUGGAGGAAGCCAGCCUAAAAGAGGAUGCAUCAGGUGGACAAUUCAUUCUACACGGCGUCAGAAGACCAUUCGGUAGCAACAUGAGUAUCCUGGAAGUUGGAGUACUACAGAUAGCCAGCACUAACGCUUCAUCGAUCGAUAUGGCACCGAAUGGCUACGGUGGUGCCAUCAGCCCUGACGGCACACCCCUUAGUGUUUCCCUUGCGGACACGACGAUGGAAACUUUUUAG